ACCAGAGAAUGCUCCAAUGGCAAUUUUGACGUCGCAGCGAACGGUUGUGUCUUGUUUCCGUCGAGUUGUAGAGGGGUUAAAGCACAGCUAAGUGGCCAAUUUGUUGUACUGAGUCAGAGAACACAUUUCCCAAUUGAAUAAAAUAGCGUUUUAAGUGAAUCAAUUAUAGAAAUCUUCGAAUAUAAAACGGAAACAACGAAUUCGUGCUCACAGCCAAGGCGGUAUUAUACGCUCUUAAUAACCAUACAAAGAAUAAAAGCAAACGAAAUCAAGUGAGGAAAAAAAAUCGCUGAAGAAAAAUCAUUAGCGAGAAGGUGAACAAGCAAAUUAUUGAUUUUCCGUGACGAAACAGCAGAAUAAAGAGAACUUAAGAGCGUCAGCUGAGGUGAAAGACGACAGUGUUAAAAAGAGAGAGAGAAAAAAAACACAUUACGAAAAUUUGUUUUAACAAAAAUAUUGAAAAAUAACACAAAAUUUGCUAAUUAACAACAACAAAAGUUAAAACGGUGUUUGUUCUUGUUGUUGACUCGUAGCAGCAGUGAAGUAGUAAAAAAUAUACGUAAAGAGGCUCCCGAACAGCCGCUGAACAUAAAAAAGGUAACCAGUGUGCGAGAAAUUUAAGAGCUAAGCGGCGACUUUUGCAGCGGAAGUGCAUUUACAUUCAGGUCACGCGUCGCGCGCACACACUCACGUACGCACUCGACUGCCGUCAGUAGGGAGUUGCAACUGCAGCAAAGGCGAAAUAGCAACUGAUAAACCAAUAACAAAAAACAACAGUACAGUAAAAUAAAGAAAACAAGCAAGCUCAAGGCCAAACGCCAACACAACGCCGGGAUUGACACAACAGCACAGUUUGGCCUCAACCACAGACACACACAUACGCAUACACAAACAUAUCGGCUACCACAAGUGCCACUCAUUAUACAGCCACCAAGCACCUGUGCAACAAGAAAUACAAGAACAAUAAGAACUACAACAAAUCACAUUACGAACUCUGAAGCCAAUUGAAAAAGGAGAAAGGGAAAGUAGCAGCAGUUGCUCGAAAUAAAAUUCGGUUGUUGUGGUGUAAGUGUUGAGUUGCCUUGAAGAUGCCGCAGUCCGAAGGCGGCUACACGGCGCUCGAUAGCGCCGGCACCAAUGGUCACGAUGGCAGUGGUGGCGCCAUCUAUCAGUCCACCACAGAGCCGACCGGUCCACACUCGGUUUUCGAAUCGAUGAAACGCGCCAUUGGUCAGGUGGUGGGCACAACAAAUGGUAGUUCCCAGGAUACCGACGAUUUGCUAACGACGACCAAUGGCCGUCAGGCCACCAUUGUUGGAUCAAGUGUUUAUUUCAGAGACCGGGACAAAAUCGGUAAGCCACUGAACACGAAGAUGCCAUCUGCGCCGACACACACGGCCGAGGAGGCACGUCUGUUGGGCACCAUGCCCGUCGAUCCUAUGGACGAUAUUGAAUUACGCUCCGUGUGGCUGCAAUUCCCAUAUACACGCGGCUCCACAUUGCAGGCUUGCGAGCAACGUCUUGUGCCCACUGAUAAGGGCGAUAUACACGUGUCCGUGCAGGGCGAUACUACAAAGCCGGCAAUUUUGACGUAUCAUGAUCUGGGAUUAAAUUAUGCUACUAGCUUUGCUGGAUUCUUCAAUUUUCCGCCACUUCGCAGUUUGCUUGAGAAUUUCUGCGUCUAUCAUGUGACAGCUCCUGGGCAAGAGGAAGGAGCACCUACAUUGCCAGAAGAUUAUGUCUAUCCAACCAUGGAUGAGUUGGCCGCUCAGCUGGUUUUCGUGAUGUCGCAUUUUGGUCUCAAAUCAGUGAUCGGCUUCGGUGUUGGCGCUGGCGCCAAUAUACUGGCACGCUUCGCCCACAACCAUCCGGAUAAGGUUGGCGCCUUGGUGCUCAUCAAUUGCGUUUCGACACAGUCCGGCUGGAUCGAAUGGGGCUACCAGAGUUUCAAUACACGCUUCUUACGUACCAAGGGUAUGACUCAGAGCGUUAUCGAUUAUUUGAUGUGGCACCAUUUGGGCCGCAAUCCAGAGGAGCGCAACUACGAUAUGGUGCAAAUGUUUAAGCAACACUUUGAACGCGGCGUCAAUCCCACUAACUUGGCCAUGUUCAUCAAUUCGUACAUACAUCGCAACGAUUUGAAUAUUACACGUACACCACCUGGCACUCCCGGUACGCAGCCAUCGUCGUGCACACUGAAAAUGCCGGUUAUUAAUAUUACUGGCGCCUUGUCGCCACAUGUCGACGAUACCGUUACCUUCAAUGGGCGCUUGGAUCCAACAAACUCAUCUUGGAUGAAGAUCUCCGAUUGCGCCAUGGUGAUGGAGGAACAGCCGGCGAAAUUGGCCGAAGCCUUCAGGCUUUUCCUGCAGGGCGAGGGCUACGCCACGCCGCUCUCCACGCCAGCCACCUCGCCAUGUGGCACCAAGUAUCAGACCUACUCGUCCAUCUUCUUCGCCAACUUCAAGGAGCAGCAGGAGAAGGAGCGACGCGAACAGCUAGCUGAGCAACAACAACAACAACAGCUGCAGCAGCAGCAGCAGAAACAACAAAAGAAGCUGCGCAGCAAUGUGCGCCUCUGUCGCGAAACUGCCAUUAACAACAACAACACCACGAAUACCGGUUACGCCUCGAGUAGCGGCGACGCCUCCGGCGGCGAGUCCGACGGCAACGGCAAUCAGUCGAUUGAACGCGAACGCCACUUGCCCGCCUGCGACAUGCAGAAAAAUUUGGACGACUUGGACUUCGAGGCGGAGCCGGAGGUGAGCGUCAAUGGCACUGCAUACACGAGCGCGCAGAAGAUGCGCAUCACGGAGAAUCCACUGCCGGAGGCUGUCAGCUGUUAAACGAAAGCAGAAAUAAGUUGCAACACCUGGAGAACUCAGUGAGUGUGAAUUAGAAGUAGAGAAAGGCAGCGUAAGUUAACCCAAAAGUAAGUGAAAUGUUGUGCGAGUGUAAAGUAGCGGAAGAGUAAGCGAAGCGAAGUAAAAAUGUAUCAUUAAAGAAUUGCUGCGUCUCUUCAAGCCACAAUUGAGACGCGCAUCAUUGCGCUCAUAAAUUUAUUGUAGUGAAAUAAAUUGCAUAUUAAAACUAAAUUAGAAAAUACACAAUUUUCGUAAGCGGCAUUAGUGCACGCGCGCAUUUGACACCAACAAGCUGCUGAGGCCGCGCUAUGCGCCACACAUACAUACGUAAAUGCAAAAGAUCAAUAACGAGCGAAUUAACACUGCUGCAGCCGAAACCGCCCAUAGACAUGUAUAAACCAAAAAUUAUUUUUUAUUAUUAUAAAUAAAUUUAUUUUGUUAAAAUUAUACUCAGAAAAAAAAAUUAAAUGUUAGAAAUAUAGUUAAGCCGUUCUUCAAUGUCAUACUUCUAUUUUGAAUUGGCCGAAAAUUAAACAAAAAUUUAUUUUUUAGUAACAACAGUUAGUGUUUCAACUAUUUUAAAAAUUAUCUUUAAAAACAUUUCACUUAAAUCGAAAGGGCUGAGUAUCAAAUAAAAAAGAUAAUUUUUUUUUUUUUCAGAUUUUUGUAUGUAUUUCGCUAUUAUUUUUCCAAAACAAAAAUAUUUAUAGCUACCCCAUUCUAUUAGCUAUAAUUGCCAUACACAAUUUUUAAAAUAUUAUCAGAAAAAAUUCGCAAACGAGAGAAUGUUAGCUAGCAUUGCAGUUAGAUACAAAAAAUUUAUGUAUCUAAAAUUUAUCAAAUUAACCCAAAAACGUUGAAAAAAAUUAAAAUAAAAUUUCGGCUGAAGAGCUUAGUUUUGUAAAUUUGUUUAACAUAAAAAAAUGUAUGCAAAAUAUUCCCAUUUAAAAAAAAAACAAAUUUUCUUAGCUGCAACUCUUCAUUCGAUGACCUACAUGGCGUAUACGCAACACAAGCAUUUUGCACGCGAGCAGCGCAGUUGCAAAGUGGAUUUUCUUGACAAAAACGCACGGUAAAUGGAAUUUAUAGCAAUAAAAUAUGUUCAUUCAAUGAAAAAAUAUUUAAAAAAUCUAAAAAGAAAUUUUAAUUAUAUUUUUGGCUUUUUUGUUUAAGGGGCUAUUCCAGUGUAAUCCAUGAAAAAUUAGGCGAUUUUUGUGAAUUUUUUUAAAAGAAAGCAUUCAAUCGAAUGUUUCGAAGUUCUUUGAACAUAAUAAGAUAUAUUUUUAGCUACACUUAAAAUUUUUUUUUUACAAAAAUGUUGAAAAACAACGGAUUUAUGUGCUGUUUUCGGAGGUGCAAAAAAAAAGUGCCCCAACUGCUGGCAUGAUUCCGGCCGAAUCAGUAGCUGAAAAAAAAUCAAAAAGGAUAUUGAUGCCAAAGGUAUUUCCUAUACAGUGACCUACGGUUUUUGAAAAAUAUCAAAAAUUAACAAAAUUGCGUAAUUUUGAAAAAAUUUUCGUUUUUUUUUACAUAAAAAAUGUUUGUUUUUUAAUGCCAAAUUGACAAUUUUAUAUCAAUCAAACAGAUCGUGGGUCAUUAUUUGGUUUUAAUUGGAAGUCGAUUGGUUAAUUUCUCGUUGAGUUAUGAUGUCAGAAUUUUUGAAAAAUGUCGCUUUGAGAAAAACGCGCCUAAAGUUUCACUUAUAUAUGUUCAUACUUGCGAGCGGAUUAUUAUUUCACAUUCACAUUAUUAAUGGGAAAAUGAGCUGUCGAAAAAAGCAAAUAAAAAAAAUUUUUUGGAAGUGUCACACUGGUGUAGCCCCUUUAAAAUUUCUAGAUCAUGCAUGUGUACAAAAAUUAUCUCAAGACAACACUCGCCAGAUCAACAAUAUCAGUUUCUUAAUGUUCAGCAGAGUUCUACUUCUAUCUGUCAUUUGUCUCCUUAAUUCUCAAAUAAUACAUUUUUUGCUAUAAUCUGUAGAGAAAUCAUUUAAGAAAGCAACAACCUGAGAAAAUCUACUGAAUAUGUAUAUAAAUGUGCAUACGUACAUAUAUCGUCACCUAAAAAUUUCGGAUAUAACCAAUAUGUAACCAAUUUAUAACCAUCUUAUAACCGAAACUCAAAUUUUGUUUUAAUAGGAGUUUAUGAUAACCAGUAUGUAACCACUUUAUAACCUUAAUAUGGGUAUAUGGUAACCAUUAUAUAACCAUUUUAUACCCAAAACUCAAUUUUUUUUCAGUAUGAGUGGUUUCUUUUAUAUACUUUUUCUUUCUACUAUAAACUUAUCAUACGUGUUGCUACAUUAUACGUACUUUAGGUGACGAUAUACACAGUAUAUCCUUAGCAAAAUCCACUUUUCAACUACGCUGCUGUGCCUCUGGCAUGAAAAACAAAUCGAAAUCAUAACGAAAAUUAAACAGAACAAACCCCACAAUGUAUGUACUUAUAUAUCAGCUUAAUUUGUUUCAUUUCACUUUGUGCCUGAAAUAUUUUAUGAUUACUUAUAUUGUAAUGAAGAAAAACACCGUUAAAUAAGUUAACUUAUAUUUGAAAAACAAAUAAAAAAAAAUAAAAGCGAAAACCAGGAAAGUUGAACAAAGUGCAGGGAUUGAUGAAAAUCAAUAAUAACGGUUAUAGUUAUGAGGUAGCUGAUUGAGAGGAAAAUAUAAAAUAUAUUAACGAGCUUUCUUGUUGCAAGCGAUUUUUGCUUAUUGUUGAAUUUAGCUAAGCAAACGAUUAUUUUAAGCUACACAAACAACAAACAAAGCAAUUGAAAUAAUUUAAGAAAUCACACACACACACUAACACACACAGCUGCAAUCACACACAGUUAGAGCAGCUGCUGAAUAUGAAGAAUGUAGUUUAGUAAGUAUUUCAUUUCGAGAUCAAUGUAGUUACACACAAAUACUUGAAACUCAACGAAAGCUUAAGCGAUUGAAGCUUUGAAGCUUUAUAAGAUGCAGUAGGCCACAAGCGAUUGUAGAUAUGAGUAAAUAAAAUUUAUGUAAUUAAAUACAACGCUGUUAACGGUAUGUGUAGCAAAAACAAAUUUGUUCAACAAAGAAAAAAAAACAGAAUAAUAAUAUUAUUAAAUAUUAAAAAAAAAAAAUA